GCGCCGGCCGGCGGGGGCGGGAGCUGGGGCGGCGGUCCGGCCCGAGGGCGCCUCCUUCUGGCGGCGCUGGUGCUCCUGUGGGCGCGGGGCGCCAGGGGCCAGAGCAGCCCCCAGCGGGGCGCGAUCCUAGGCAUGAGGCUGGUGAGCUGCAACAAGUCGUGUGGGAUGGACACGGAUGGCAUCAUCUUCGUGUCCGAGGGCAGCACGGUGAACCUGAGGCUGUACGGCCAGAGCCUGAGCGACAUCUCUAGCAACCUGAUCUCCUUCACCGAGGUGGACGACGACGACACCGCCCGCAACUCCACUACCUGCCCAGAGCUCACCAAGGACCUGGUCAUCCAGCAGCUGGUCAACGUGAGCCGUGGGAACACGUCCGGGAUGCUCGUGGUGGUCACCAAGUUCCUGCGGAGGAGCGAGAACAAGAAGCUGUACGCGCUCUGCACCCGGACUCGAGCUGAUGGGCCCUGGGUCAGGUGGACGGACAAGGACUCACUGCUGGUCAUGAUGGAGGAACACGGGAACAUCCUGCCCCUCUGGCUGCACAUCCUCCUGAUCAUGGUGCUUCUGGUGCUCUCGGGUAUAUUCUCGGGCCUCAACCUGGGGCUCAUGGCCCUGGACCCCAUGGAGCUACGCAUCGUGCAGAACUGUGGCACUGAGAAAGAGAGGAAGUAUGCCCGCAAGAUCUUGCCCAUCCGGCGCAAGGGCAACUACCUGCUCUGCUCACUGCUGCUGGGGAAUGUACUAGUCAACACCUCCCUCACCAUCCUUUUGGACAACCUCAUCGGCUCCGGCCUCAUGGCGGUGGCAUCCUCCACCGUUGGCAUUGUCAUUUUUGGGGAGAUUGUACCUCAGGCGCUGUGCUCCCGGCACGGGCUGGCCGUGGGUGCCAACACCAUCAUUCUCACCAAAUUCUUCAUGCUACUCACCUUUCCCCUCAGUUUCCCCAUCAGCAAGCUCCUGGAUUUCGUCCUGGGUCAGGAGAUCCGCACUGUGUACAAUCGGGAGAAGUUGAUGGAGAUGUUGAAGGUGACAGAGCCCUACAAUGACCUGGUAAAAGAGGAGCUAAAUAUGAUCCAGGGGGCCUUGGAACUAAGGACCAAAACGGUGGAAGAUAUCAUGACCCAGCUUCACGACUGCUUCAUGAUCCGGAAUGAUGCUAUCCUGGACUUCAACACCAUGUCGGAGAUCAUGGAGAGUGGCUACACGCGCAUUCCUGUGUUUGAAGGUGAGCGCUCCAACAUCGUGGAUAUUCUGUAUGUCAAAGACUUGGCCUUCGUGGACCCUGAUGAUUGCACCCCCCUCAAGACCAUCACCCGCUUCUACAACCACCCGGUGCACUUCGUCUUCCAUGACACCAAGCUGGAUGCCAUGCUAGAAGAGUUCAAAAAGGGGAAGUCGCACCUGGCCAUCGUGCAGAAGGUGAACAACGAGGGCGAGGGUGACCCCUUCUACGAGGUGCUGGGCCUGGUCACCCUGGAGGAUGUCAUCGAGGAGAUCAUCAAGUCCGAGAUCCUGGAUGAGUCGGACAUGUACACUGACAACCGAAGCCGGAAACGGGUGUCUGAGAAGAAUAAGCGUGACUUCUCUGCCUUCAAGGAUGCUGACAAUGAACUCAAAGUAAAAAUCUCCCCCCAGCUCCUCCUGGCUGCUCACCGCUUCCUGUCGACAGAGGUGCCCCAGUUCAUCCCCUCCCUGAUGUCAGAGAAGAUCUUGCUGCGGCUGCUCAAGUACCCCGACGUCAUUCAGGAGCUGAAGUUUGAUGAGCACAACAAGUACUGUGCACGCCAUUACCUGUACACGCGGAACAAGCCAGCCGACUACUUCAUCCUCAUCCUGCAGGGGAAGGUGGAGGUGGAGGCAGGGAAGGAAAACAUGAAGUUUGAGACUGGUGCCUUCUCCUACUACGGGACCAUGGCCCUGUCCUCAGUCCCCUCGGACCGCUCCCCAGCCCACCCCACCCCGCUCAGUCGCUCAGCCUCCCUCAGCUACCCGGACCACGGCACGGACGUGUCCCCUACCACCAUGCUGACAGGCAGCAGCAACCAGCUGACCACCUGCAUCCUGGGCCAAUACGUCUCCGACUUCAGUGUCCGGGCCCUGACAGACCUGCAGUACAUCAAGGUCACACGACAGCAGUACCAAAAUGGGCUACUGGCCUCUCGCAUGGAGAACAGCCCUCAGUUUCCCUUGGAUGGCUGCACCACGUGUGUGGAGAACUCUUCCGAGAAGCCGGAGCUGCCCAUGGUGGAUGAGACCACAACGCUUCUCAAUGAACGCAACUCCUUGCUACACAGAGCCUCCCCAGACAGUGCUGUCUGACAGGAGGGCCCGGGGUCCCCUGCCAAUCCCGUGGGGGCCUCCCAGUGGGCCCGCAUCAAGAGGGAACCUGUCAGGCUAGAAGGGGUGCAGCUAGAUGGCCUGCAGCUGGACAGGUGACAGCCCCUGCAGGAACUCCAGGUAGCUUGGAGGUAGUGGCUGCCCAGCCCCGGGCCAGUGUGGCCGCGGGACAGCUCCAUGAGCAAAGGCUGUUUUUCAGAGACAAUUUCUAAACUAGGCACAUUGCUCCUCUUUUGAAAUAUCAUUUUGGGAAGGGAAGACAGGGUUAAGGAACUUCAUGUAAAAUAUUUUUUUUUCCAAAACAAACUUUAGAAGGGGGAGCAUUCUUCACCCCAGGAAGCGAUAGCCAUAAUUUGCUCUGCUCAGCUAUGACCCCACAGCCUGUGUCCCUGCCAGCCUGGUGCCCAAGGGGAAGGCUGGCUCUUGGGAGGAGGCCAGGGACCAAGUGGCAUCACCAAGACCUGGAGAGCUGUGGUCAGGGACCAGAAAACCCUCUAGACCCGCGAAGCUCCCGGAACCUGCCUUGACUGCCUGGGAAGCCCCUGCCUAUCGCCGCGCUGGGCUUAGUCAGCUCCCUUCUCCCCAUGCCCUGCUCUCACUGUACCAAAGGCAUCCCCCUCAGUGGGGAGGGCAUUGGAGUCAAGGGGGACCUGUUUGAGGUGCACCCUCCAGUUUCUGGGGUGAGUUUGGUCAUAGGCGUCUGCACUGGAAGCAGCUGCUGCUUCUGUGCCCGUCACCACCCGCACGAGGAGCUGAGACUUCAUGGAACCGUGGAUCCUGCGCUCAGACUUGCUAGUCCUCAUGUGAGCCCAUGGCCUCUGAGGACUGGGGACAGGAGGACAUGUUAGAAGCCACCUCAGCCCACUCGUCACAGUCUUUCCUCAGUGGUGGCCAGAGAUGCAACUGAGCUCUUCUUCUUCAUGGAAGGAUGGUUCUAGCCAAAGGGGUGCAGGUGAUGUGCCCUUGUGACCCCAGGGUGAUGCUGGGUGGCAACUGCACCCACCCUGCCUGUGUGAAAUCUAUCCUGGCACCUUUCUCUGGGCUCAUCGAGUCCCACUGCAGAGCACCAGGCUUCUGCUGUGGGGGCACCAGGGAACAAGCCAGGUGAAGGGGACCCUGCGAGCUUCUGCCUGAGUGGCUCCUUUCCUCGGUUAGGGAAAUAAAUCCUGUCACCCCAAGAGCUUUGCUCUCCAGGGGCCCAGAGAACCCUGACUUCUGGAACAGGAUGCUGUGGCCCAGUACCCCGUACCUGGCCAGGCCAGGGUCCUUCCCAGCUGAGGCCUGGAGAGCUGGACAUGGUGCCAUGGGUUCUCACGCAUCAGGAAGUGCCGGCAGCCAAGAUCCUGCCGCAGGCCUUCGCUCUGCACAAGAGCAGCUUCCUCCUGAGUCCCACUGGAGCUGGCAGGCUGUGGUCCUGAGAGUCCCGAGUGCUGGGUGGAAACCACGCCGGCCCAAACCUGGUGUGUGUGUGUGAGGCGAAGGAGCAGGCACACACACUCCACAGCUACCUCUUUGCACACACAUUCACUACCAACCAACGGACGGCCCUGCCUCUCCCCCUCCCCCAUUAGAAUCACUUCUUCCAGGGUCAUGAUUAUUUCCAAAUAUUACUGGUCCGAUGCCUUCAUCCUCUCAGUACAGUUCUUCACUUCCUGUUCCAACCUUGGGUUCCUGGGCUGAGCCAUACCCUGGACCUGGCCCGCUGCUCAAGUCUUCCUGGUUAAGGGGGACCUUCGUAAAUGGCAUCCAAAAGGGUAGGCAAGUCACAGCCACCAUAGCAAAUGACUCCUAUUUAUUUUGUGUAAGAUUUUAAUUUGUAUAUUUUUGUGAUUUAUUUUGGCAUUGUUAUAUGAGUUUGACUCUCGGGGAGUUUUCUUGUUUAUGACUCUUGUGUCUUUUGUCACAAAACAAUGAUAAUAUUUGCUAAACAAUACAUGGAAUUUAUUUUUGAUUGGUAAUAAAAAAUGAAAUCUGUAUAAAUUUUGGUGAGUCUGCAGCUUGCGGGUUUGAGUUCUGUUUGUGGAAGAGACUUGCGGCUGUGACUGGCUAUCACUUUGUGACAGGACAAGGGGGUAAUAAAGUAUUCUGAGACUACUUAGCAGGGACAUACAAGCAGAACCGCAAUUGACAAAAACACAUAUAAUCAAGACUGUUGUUGCAGGAGUUGGAAAGUAGCAGCCACCAGCAGGCAGCGUGUAUUUUGCUGCCAACAGCAGGAGUCCUGGAAAAUGGAUGCCACAAGCUUUGGCCAGUAGGGACCCGAGAGCAAAUUGGCCCUGCCCCUGUCUGGGGCUGAGGAAUGAACAGAUUUGAUGCAAUAGUCAGAUCCUAUUAGUUGGCAGCACGAAGUUGCCUCCGUUUGCACUCCAGAGCUGGUGUGGUUUCUUACCUGGCCUCUCCUCCAUAGUACUUACUACUAGAUACUAAAAUAUAGACCUGUGUAUUUUCUGUUGUCUCAGCACAAGGAUCUAAGCAGGUACUUUAUUCCCUUCCCAGCAUGGUCCCUGCAUUAGAACAGCACCAGGUACCUUGCAGGCAGUCAGUGCAGGAAGCACCUGUUCAGGCAUUGGGCACUGAGAUAACCUUGACCCAAGCUAGUCAGCAUGGCUAAGGAGGGUCUCUUAGAGAAAGGGCCACCGAGUGAUAAGCAGGAGUUAGCCAGUGGUAUCACACUCAAUCCUCAAAAGUAUUUAAACUGAGGGUGGUGGUGCACCACUGUAAUCGUCCUGGAGAGGCUGAGGCAGAAAGAUCAAGAGUUUGAGGCCACCUUGGAAUACAUGGAAGGAUCUUGUUUCAACAAACUCAAAGAUACUCCUGUCUCUUAAAUCCAUGUUGAGCCUCUCCUUCCUGUUCUCUGGAUCUGUUUGAUGGCACAUGAGUGACUGUGUAGGCACAUGGCCACAUCAUCCCUUCUUUCUGAGCCCCAGAAUUUUAUUUAGACUCAGAGACAAGGACAGAACAGAAAGGCAAGUACAGAACAGCAGGGAUAGAGUCCGGUGUAAAGUUUACAUUUCUC